AUGGGCAAGAAGAAAUCAGCAUCUUCAUCCAACAACACUACGAAUAAUAAUUCGGGUAAAUCAAAAGGAGCAUCCUCCAGCUCCGGAGCAUCUUCUUCAAGCAGUGAAGAAAAGGUAAAAAAACAAGGAUCUGUAAAAACCCCAAAAGAUACAUCCAAUAGUAGUUCAUCCUCAUCAUCAUCGGGAUCUAGAUCAUACACAAAAAAGAUCAAUUACAAGCCAUACUCAUCAGUGUUAGAUUAUAUUUAUCAUGCAAACAAAUUAUUGGAUUUAGAAAAAGAAGCCGAAGCGGAGGAAGCGACAUUAUCAAGUAAAACUUAUAGAUAUGUACAAGUGGAAGAAUAUACUAUGGGAUGCAAUGGUCGGUGUAACGUCAAGCUUAUCAUGAAAAGUGGAUCUGCUGCAAAUGUUGUUACAGAUUUUGCAAAAGUGGGAGAAUCUAUAACUUUGAAAGUAGCAGAAAGUGGAAGUGACAAAAAGGAAAAUGAAGUUAAAGCGAUUAGAGGAGUUAUUUCUGUUGUCACAGAGAAAUACAUUAUUGCUACAAUGGAUGAAUUUUUGGACGAAUGGUAUGAGGCCUCUAAAUUGCUCAUGAAUAAGGUACUAGAUGAAGUGACGUUUAAGCGUUUGGAAAUGGCUCUCAAACAUUUAGAGCAUUAUGAAAAAACUCCUGCCAGUAAUAUUGUUAAUUUGUGUUUCAGACCAAGGCCUGAUGACGAGUAUGAAGAAGUGUAUCCAAAGUUUGUCGAAGAUAGAGAAGUAGAUCAAAUGACCUUUUUCUCAACCACCUUAAAUGACUCACAAAAAGAUGCAAUCAAGUUCGCUCUGAAAUCUAACGACAUGUCAUUAAUUCUUGGCCCACCUGGAACAGGCAAGACAACAACAGUUGUUGAACUAAUACGGCAGGCAGUAGUUUUGAAAAAGCUCAAGGUAUUGGUCUGUGCUCCAUCUAAUAUUGGUAUCGAUAACGUUGUAGAAAAAUUAUCGGACGAAAACACUGGAUCGACAAAGAAAAUUAAGCUUUGUAGAAUUGGCCAUCCAGCCAGAAUGAUGGAUUCUAUUCUGAAACACAGUGUUGAUUACAAUAUUUCUGUUGGAGAAGGAGUGAAGGUUAUUAAUGACAUUAGAAGAGAUAUCGUCAAAAUUUCCAAGCAAAUUACCAAGACCAGAGGGCUCGAACGUCGAAAGCUCAGAGAGGAGCUAAGAAAUCUUGAAAAAGAGUUAAAACAAAAAGAAAAAGAAGCUAUUCAUGACGUCAUUAGAUUUUCUGAUGUCGUGUUAUGCACAUUAACAGGAGCUGAUGAUUAUUAUUUAAGAGACAAAACGUUUGAUCUUGUAAUUAUUGACGAAGCUGCACAGGCCAUUGAAAUAUCUUGUUGGAUUGCCCUCUUGAAAGGCAAAAGAUGUGUGCUGGCAGGAGACCACUUCCAGCUUCCUCCAACCGUGUUAUCGCCAGAUGCUCAAAGACAAGGUUUGGAGGUUACACUCUUCGAAAGAAUGUACUUUCGAUACAAGGAACAUAUUUCGAAAAUGCUCAAUGUUCAAUAUCGUAUGAACGAAGAAAUCAUGAAAUGGUCAAGUGAUGAGUUUUACGAAGGAAAGCUCAUUGCUCAUGACUCUGUAAAAUCACAUUUGCUGUGCGAUCUGGAGGGAGCCUCACAAGAUGAAGCAGAGACUCUCACACCUUUAUUUGUGAUUGAUACAGCAAACUGUGACAUGGAGGAAAUACAGAUCGAUGCUGAGGAGUCUACAGAAUCCCAUAUUUCUAAAAGCAAGAUGAAUACGUUCGAAGUUGACCUCGUGGAGAAAUAUCUCAGACAUUUAGUUGAAAAAUGCAAAAUAUCAGAAUCCUUAAUUGGUGUGAUCACUCCCUAUUUUGCUCAGGUGCAAGCCCUUCGAGCUAAAAUAUCUGAUGAAUUUCCCUUUGUUGAAAUAUCAACGGUAGAUGGCUUUCAAGGUCGAGAAAAAGAGGUCAUCAUUAUUUGUACAGUUCGUUCUAACAAGAAUGGUGAUGUUGGAUUUUUAAGUGAGGAACGAAGAAUGAACGUAGCUGUCACCAGAGCUCGACGACAAGUUUGCAUCAUUGGAGAUAGCAACACUCUAAAAACCAAUCCAUUCUUGAGUCGUAUGGUUCAGUACUUUGAAGAGUAUGCUGACAUCCGAUCCGCACAUGACUACUUGUAG